AUGCGCCUUACACUCGCUUUACUUCUCUUCUUGGUUGUUCUCACUGUGGCUCUUCCAGUAGCCAAUCCCGCCAAUAAUAAAUCCUCCACCACCAAGGCAACUACGAAGGCAACCACUAAAGCACCCACUAAGGCAACAAACACAAAGCCAUCUUCUGAUAAGAAGAAACUUGAGAAGGGCAUCAAAGAUAAUCUUAAAGCCGGCGACAAGGAGAUCUCUGCCACUGAGAAGGCACAGAACGCUGCGAAGAAGAACGACGCCAAGGGCCUGAAGAAGGACGAAAAGAAGAUCAAUAGCGCAUUGGAUGAGGCAACCAAGGAUCGUCAGAAGAACCAAAAGAUCGCUGGUAAUAAGGACCCUGCCCUGACCAAGGGACUGGGAAAGGUCGAGAAUGCGCAGAAGGGUGCGAAGCAGACAGUCAAUGGCUUGACUGGCGACCCUAAGAAGGACAAGGGGUCGUUGGAUAAGCUCGAUGCUACUUUCAAGAAGGGCAAGAAGACUAAUGAGGAGAACCUUAAGGAGGCCAAGAAGAACUUCAACUAG